AUGGGCGGUGGAAGUUCUCGAAACAAGACAGAACCACGUGGCGAGGGAGUCAAGUUGGCAUUCGAUCCCGAUGAAAAAUGGUCGAAUCUGUAUCGAGAGCGAGAGAAGAAUCACUUGUACAAGUGGGUCGGUGUCAGGAAAGGCGGAGAACUGAUAAACAUCUAUGAGAGAGACGGAGAAGAGGGAGUUCUCAAGUUUGCUGAAGAGAAGUUGCUGACGAUUCUCUAUGAAGAUGGAAAUACUCCGAAGCUGGUCACUUACAGUGAUUAUAUCAAAUGGAAGAAGGGAGUGAACGUUCAACUCGGCCUCAGCGAGGAGUCUGUGGAUAUGCAACAAAGUCGUUUCAAGGAACAUCAUGCUCUAUGGAAACUGAAUAAGAGAGGUGUCGAAGGGGAGAAUCUCAUUCAUCUUUUGCUCAACAGAGAGCAACAAGUGUGCUAUGAGAUUGCAAGGAUUCUGCUCAAGAGGUUUCCAGGGAUGGCCAAUGAUAUCUAUUUGGGAGAUGAGCAAUUUGGUCAAUCAGCUCUCCACCUUGCCAUCGUCCACGACGACUACGAAACCGUCAGCCUUCUGCUCAACAACAAAGCAGAUGUAAAUGCACGUGCUUGCGGAAAUUUCUUCCUUCCCGAAGACUACAAACUGACGAAUAAGAUCACAGAUUAUCAGGGUUACGCCUACUACGGAGAGUAUCCGUUGGCGUUUGCCGCGUGUUUUGGUAACAAGGACAUCUACGAUCUGUUGAUUCAAUUCGGUGCGAAUCCGAACUUACAAGAUUCGUUCGGAAAUACGAUUCUGCAUAUGUGUGUCAUCAAUUAUAGCAGUUCCAUGUACUCGUACGCAGUCCGUCAUUGGGCUAAACCAGCGGACCCUCACGUCGUCAAUCAUGCUGGAUUCACUCCACUGACACUUGCCACAAAGUUGGGUCGGAAGCACAUUUUCGAGGAAAUGUUGGAGAUUAUGAAGGUGGAAUUCUGGAGAUUCUCGGAUAUGACGUGUUCUGCGUAUCCAUUGAAUACGCUAGACACUAUUCAACCGGAUGGAUCGACAAACUACGACUCGGCCCUAAUGACAGUAAUCAACGGGUCAACACCAGAACAUUUGGAUAUGAUCGGAAGUGAAGUUAUCCAGAGAUUGUUGGCUGAUAAGUGGAAGGCUUUUGCUCAACGCAAAUUGAUCGAACGUCUCGUUCUUCUUAUCUUCCAACUCAUCACUCUAUCAAUUGUCGUCUACAUCCGUCCCACGGAGCUUCCUCGUCUUUACAUGGAAGAACCACAAUGGGAUGAUUGGGUUCGUACUGUCUGUGAAAUAUUAACCAUUGGAAACUGUCUCUUCUUCGUCGGUUAUCAACAAUUCGGUGAAAUUCGGACACAAGGAAUGCGCGGGUAUUUGAGGAAUUUGAAAACCGCACCUGCCAAAGCCGUCUUCUGCAUUGCCAACCUCUUUCUCCUACUGUGUAUCCCGUUUCGAUUGCUCCGUAAACACGAAAUCGAAGAAGCUCUCUUCGUGUUCGCCCUCCCCGGUUCCUGGAUUUUCCUUCUAUUUUUCGCCCGUUCUGCUAAACUGACUGGACCUUUCGUACAAAUGAUCUACAGUAUGAUUGCCGGAGAUAUGAUUCGGUUUGCAAUCAUUUCCGCGAUAUUCCUCGUGUCAUUCUCGCAAGUGUUCUACUUUGUCGGAAAAGACAUGGACGCCAAACAGAAACUGGAAGACACCAACCCCCACGCCUGCCGAAUUUCUGGAUACACAAUCUACACUUACAACACUUUUCCCGAGACUUUCAUCACUCUUUUCCGUGCUUCUAUGGGAGGAUAUGAUUACGAAGAAUUCUCGUGUGCCAACUACCAAGCCCUCACCAAAACUCUCUUCGUACUGUACAUGUUCGUUAUGCCAAUUAUGAUGAUCAACAUUCUCAUCGCCAUGAUGGGUAACACUUACACGACUGUCAUUGCGCAGGCUGAAAAGGCAUGGAGACAACAAUACGCACAGAUUGUGAUGGUUCUGGAAAGAUCUGUUGGAAAGGAACGGUUGGCUGCGAGUCAGUUGGAGUACAGUAUCAGAUUGGAUCAGGAAGGUUCAUCAGGAAUGGAAGUUCGUGGCCUUAUGGUCAUCAAACAAACCAAGAAAACUCGUGCACGUCAACGUAAACAAGCAAUUUAUAACUGGAAAACAAUCGGAAGAAAAGUGAUUCACACAAUUGACAAAGUGGGAACAGAACAGGCUAUCCUCCUCCUCCACGGACACGAUCGCCUCGAUAGAGUGUACGAAGAUCACGUUCAACCGGAGAAGGUUCCAAGUAGAUCAAGAACUCCAACUCGUAUCGGAACCACUUUACACUCCUCAAAACGUCUCAAAACCACAAUGGUCGUAGGCGCCGCCGCUGUUGCCGCCGCGUCCAACACUCACGAGAUCCGAACCGAUGAAGCUGUCAACAGUAUGUUACUUUCUGCACCACCAAGUUUGUCAGGAGAGGGAGGAACCAUGGAUUGGCAACCCUCUAUUACGCCAGUGGAGGAGAGAAGUGAAUCAAAAUCACAAGGAAGAUCAGAAGCGUCAAGUCCGAUUGUAGUAAUCCCACCAGUUCACUCCAAAACACCACCGAAAGCAGACUCACCAGUCAAAGUGCAAGAAUAUAGCCGAACAGUCCGAGUCCGUGGAGCCGACUCGAUUCCCUCCAUCGAACUUCCGAACAUCCCGAAUAAAUCGACAGCAUCCACACCUCCACAUCGUGCAGUCUCACCACGCCUUCGAGCAGAUAUGUUCAGAAGACAUCCGAAUACGUCUUCGUUCGAUCAGAAUCCACCAGCCAGUGAAUAA